AGCCCCGAUUCCCCACCGGCCCCGAGCCCACCGCAGCCCGGCCUAGCGGCAGCCGCCACUCUAUCCGCUACUCGGGCCCUAUAUCCAGGCCGCCAGGAUGGACGUGUUCAUGAAGGGCCUAUCCAUGGCCAAGGAGGGUGUCGUGGCCGCCGCGGAGAAAACCAAGCAGGGGGUCACAGAAGCGGCGGAGAAGACCAAGGAGGGCGUCCUCUACGUCGGAAGCAAGACCCGAGAGGGGGUGGUACAAGGAGUGGCCUCAGUGGCUGAGAAAACCAAGGAGCAGGCAUCACAUCUGGGAGGAGCUGUGUUCUCCGGGGCUGGCAACAUCGCAGCGGCCACAGGCCUGGUGAAGAAGGAGGAAUUCCCCACUGAUCUGAAGCCUGAGGAAGUGGCCCAGGAAGCUGCCGAGGAGCCGCUGAUAGAGCCGCUGAUGGAGCCAGAAGGGGAGAGUUAUGAGGAACCGCCCCAGGAGGAGUAUCAGGAGUAUGAGCCAGAGGCGUAAGGGCCCAGGACGGCCCCCCCCCACCAGCAGCACAAUCCCUUCCCUGUCCCUGUCCCACCCCCCACCCAAAGCCAGGGCUGUCCUUCUACCCCUACCCCCCAAACAGGAGAUCUUCCUUCACUCUGAGGGGCCCCCUCAGAGCUUGUGUUAGUGUCUGUCCAUCUGUCUGUCCUACCUGCCGGCGUCCAACCCUGAGGCUUGGACAGGGCAGGGGCUGCAGCCUUGACUGGGAGCCUCUCCCUACCUAUGUUGCCCGCUCCCCGCCCCAUCCUGACCAGUGUGUGCAGGGAUGUAGCAUGUUCUAUGUGUUUUUAAACGAAGAUCUGAAAGCGAUGGCUCCCCUCUCCCACCCCCGACAGAGGCUCUCUGAAGGGCCAUCCGGCAGCCCCAGAGCCCCCCACCCCACUCCCACAUCGACCCCAAGAACCUUUUUUUAACCAAAACCAGGAGCCAGGCUGUGCCAUGCCCCCUCCCCCAGCCGGCCCGGUCCAAGCGCGGGCGUCAUGUGUCGUGAUUGUGGCAUGGAGAGUCCCCCAACCCCCGUGUGAGCGUGUUCCAGGCGGGCGGCACUGCCGCCCCCCACGUGUCCAUGAAUAAAGCCAAUCUGUCUGUA